AGGAGGGCAGCCAGCAGCUUCCCUUUUUCUGCCCCGCUCCAGGCCCUGGGCUCUUUCCCCCUCAGAGCCUCAGAGGAGGGGACGACGGCAUCAUGGCUCCCCGCCCGUCUGCCGUCCACCAGACCUGCUGCUGCUUCAACGUCCGAAUCGCCACCACUGCCCUGGCCAUCUACCAUGUGAUCAUGAGCGUCUUGUUGUUCAUCGAGCACUCGGUGGAGGUGGCCCACGGCAAGGCGUCCUGCAAGCUCUCCCAGAUGGGUUACCUCAAGAUCGCCGACCUGAUCUCCAGCUUCCUGCUCAUCGCCAUGCUCUUCAUCAUCAGCCUGAGCCUGCUGAUCGGCGUGGUCAAGAACCGGGAGAAGUACCUGCUGCCCUUCAUGUCCCUGCAAAUCAUGGACUACCUCCUGUGCCUGCUCACCCUGCUGGGCUCCUACAUCGAGCUGCCCGCCUACCUCAAGCUGGCCUCCCGAAGCCGCUCUGGUCCCUCCAAGGUCCCCCUGAUGACGCUGCAGCUGCUGGACUUCUGCCUGAGCAUCCUGACCCUCUGCAGCUCCUACAUGGAAGUGCCCACCUAUCUCAACUUCAAGUCCAUGAACCACAUGAAUUACCUCCCCAGCCAGGAGGGUAUGCCUCAUGACCAGUUCAUCAAGAUGACCAUCAUCUUUUCCAUCACCUUCAUCACUGUCCUCAUCUUCAAGGUCUACAUGUUCAAGUGUGUGUGGCGGUGCUACAGAUUCAUCAAGUGCCUCAACUCGGCCGAGGAGAGGAGCAGCUCCAAGAUGCUCCGGAAGGUGGUCCUGCCGUCCUACGAGGAAGCCCUGUCUUUGCCAUCGAAGGCUCCAGAGGGGGGCCCAGCACCACCCCCAUACUCAGAGGUGUGACCCUCGCCAGGCCCCAGCCCCAGUGCUGGGAGGGGCGGAGCUGCCUCAUAAUCUGCUUCUUUGCUUUGGUGGCCCCUGUGGCCUGGGUGGACCCUCCCGCCACUCCCUGGCUGACUCCAGGACAAUCUGCUUGUGUCUCCCUUGCUGGCCUGCUCCUCCUGCAGGACCUAUGGGCUGCUCACAAUUGGGUGAACGCUAUAGGCUGAAUCAUUCCUCUGGUCUCUCAAAAAUUCAGCCCAACAAUGCUUGGUUUAUUUCCAUCGGCUCUGACACUUGUUCAGAUGAUUGGUCACUCUAAAGUUGUUGAGUUUGUUAAGUAACUAUCAACUUGAUCAGUCCAGGCAAGCCACUGACAAAUCAAAAACCUACUUGUCAGUUCGGUAAAACAAUUUGGUCAAACAACAGUCUAUUGCAUUGAUUUAUAAAUAGCUGCCAGUUCAAUAGCAAUUUAAUCAAGUAAUCAUCAGUUAGCCGCCCCCCCAUACAUAAAUAUAUAGUAAUCAAUUUCUUCAAGUAGCUUGCUUAAAUGAUAAUCAAUUAGCCAAGCAUGAGUCGUUUAGAACAGUGAUAAAUAGAAUACAUAGAAUAGUGAUAAAAUUCAAUUUUAAAAAUCAAGUUAGCCUCCAAACCAUUUAAUUCAAAUGAACCCAUCAACUGGCUGCCACCUCUGGCCAACGUAGGACCUCUGAGUGGCUGUAUAAUCAUUAAUUCAAAUGAAAUUCCUUUAAACAGUUGACAACCUGUCAUUCAAGGUUAGCUCCGGGAAAUAACAGUUGUUUCAAUCAUAAAGCAGUCCCUUCAAAUGCACAAUUCUUCUGCUGACGAGCUGUCAUUAACAGUCCAGUGCUCGCCCAUUCAGUCACUCUGUGGUAGUGUGGCUGCAGAGCAAUGGAUCCCAUGGAAGGGGUCAGCUCAGUCGCAGUCAUUUCAGUAAGGAGCUGCCGUCCGUUCCAGGCCAGGCCAUUACUGGCCGUCCGUUCACUGGAUUCAGUCAUAGGCGAGUCAGUUCUGUCCGAGGCUUGUGGUCAAGCAGAAAUUCAGCCCUGAAACCAGGCACAUCCGUUCACUGAACUCAACCCACAGGUUAGUUCGGUCAAAGCAGGCAACCCCCUUGUGGGCACAGACCCUGCCACUUGGGUCUCGGCGGUGGUGGCAGCUGGGAAGGUUUGUCCCCAGUGGGCCUCCCGUGCCUGCUUCCCUGUGUGGCAGGGGGAGCUGACCCGAGGUGGAGACCACAGAGGCAGGGUCUCUGGAGUCUGUGGGCGGGGGGCGGGGCACAGAGGGAGAAGGCUCUGCAAGAGCUCCCCAGCAACACCCCCUUGUGUAAUUGCUUUGUGUGCGACAGGGAGGAAGUUUCAAUAAAGCAGCAACAAACUUC